AUGUGUACUUGGAGGGUCAGCAUCCUGAUGGCACUGUGCUUCCUGCGGCAGACUAAAGGUCAUGUUCAACUUCCCCCUCCUCAAAAUGUUACACUAUUGUCAAAGGAUUUUGACAUGAUUUUGACAUGGACUCCUGGAAAAGACUCUCCACCAGAUGUGACAUACACUGUGAGGUAUGAAAGCCAGGAACGCAUGGACAAAUGGACAAAGGUUCCUCGUUGCAAAAAUAUUCACAGAACCUCUUGCAAUCUGACUUGUGUGCUUCCAAACUUAUUUGUUAAAGUCCGGGCUCGAGUAAAAGCUGUUUCUGGACAACUCCAGUCACCAUGGGUAGAAUCACAAUUCAAGGAAUACCACUUGGAUGUGGAACUGGCUCCCCCAGUGCUAAACGUGAAUGUCAAGGAGAAUGUAAUCCAUGUGAAUGCUUCCUUCCCUUUGGCCACCUGUGUGGAGAGUUUCUCUUGGAUGUAUGACUUGAACCUUUGGGAAGCUGGAUCGGAAGAAGUGAAGCAAUACGAAGGUAUCUUUAGGAAGAAUACAGUGACUAUCGACACCACUGCACUUAGAGGCAACUACUGCUUAAGUGCCAGAUCUUCCUUCCAAAGCAUUGACUUCAAGCACAGCAAAUUCUCCCAACCAGUAUGUGUGCUAUUAAACCCCAAAGUGGAAUGGGAGUUCCCAUUUUCUGCCACAAUCCCUGCGUUUGUCCUCCUCCUCCUCCUUCUGACAAGUGCCUUCAUCAUCUCCUUGCUGAAACAAGAUGCUAAGCGAAAGAAGAUGCCGCGUGCUUUGGAUUUAUCUAAUUUAAAAGCUGCCAGAUCAGACUUUCACUGUGAGACCAGUGAAAAGGAAUUCUUCAGGGACUAUCUUAUCUGCACAGAGAAGCUAAUGCCACAAAUGAAGACAAACAAAACGUUAAGAAGAAACAACCUACCGUGGAUGGCUUCUUUCCUCUCAUCAUCAUCAGAAGAGGAGGAGGAGGAGGAGGAAGAAGACAGCAGUGCUUUCAUCCCAUACACUGAAAUGUCUCAGUUUCCAAAGAGACAUCUCAACUGUCAACCACCCACAACAGCUCAGGGGGAAACUAGCUUGGACUCCGGAUCUGGAGGUCUCUCUAUGGAUAGUGAAUCCGUGCUUGACCUAAGUACCUUGGGUUUCUCUUUCUUUCCUAUGAGAAAUAAUGAGGUGGACACCUCAGGAUCCCAAGAAAAUAAGGCAGCAUCCCUUUCUCACAGUUUCUCUUUGAGAAGAAUAUCCCUCGCUGAUGUGAGAUUCCCAAAUCCCAGGGAACAUGGACAGCAUGAUACAGACAGGGAUGAAUCCCUGGAAAUGACCCCUCUUCAAACACUGAUGGAGGGGAUUUGUGCCAAACUUCCAGCCAACGAGCACUACCUGCAUAGGAAGGCUCAUCAUUUCACCAAAUAUUAUCAGAAACCAAUAGUUGAUCUGCAUGUCCAGAUCGGUGAGAUAUCCCAGCUCAGUGAGGAUCCCAGCACUGAGAUGCUCAUUUCCUUUCAGACAUUACAGGUGGCAGAAGAUGAAGGUAUUGCAAGUGACUGUGACAGCGAAAAUUUUACAGAAGGGACACCUCCCGCAUCCACGGUGCUAACUGACACAUUUGAAACUUCAAAUAUGGAAGAAAAAUAUGAUCAAAAGUUUAAAUUCAAAGGCUACGAGCAUGCACAUUACAUGGGAAGGAGCUAG